AUGAAACUGGCAUUCGUAACUGGGUCAAACAAAGGCAUUGGAUAUAGCAUUGUUGAAAAGCUUGCAGAAUUUUAUGGGACGUCAGGAGAGUGGGAUAUCUAUCUAACAGCUCGAAAUGUUGAGCUUGGUCAGGAAGCUGUGGAGAAGCUCAGUAACAAGGGCCUGGACGUUAAAUUUCAUCAACUAGAUAUAACUGAUCGAGAUAGUCGAAAAGCGUUCCUAACAUUUGUAGAGAGAAACUAUCCUGAUGGAAUCAACAUUGCAGUGAAUAAUGCUGGAUUUGCCUACAAAGUUAACUCCACUGCUCCCUUUGGCGAGCAAGCACGAGUUACGGUGAACACCAACUUCACAUCAACCAUUGAUUUCACGGAAGAGUUCAUUCCUUUGUUAGCUAAACAUGCUAGGGUUGUCAAUGUAUCUAGUUCUGUUUCUCUAACCAGUCUCAAGAAACUUAGUGAUGAUCUUUACGAAAAGUUCGUUAGUCCAAUAAAUCUUUUGGAACUUCGAAAGCUCGUCUCCGAGUUUGUAAAGUCCGCUGAGGAUGGCACUUAUUCUGAAAAAGGUUGGCCACAAAAUGCUUAUGGUGUGUCUAAGAUGGGCCUUACAAAGGCUUCAUUUAUUUUCGGUGAAAUGCUGAAAGAUGAUCCAAGAGGGAUUGUGAUAAAUUCGUGUUGUCCUGGUUAUUGCGAUACUGAUAUGACUAGUCACAAGGGAACCAAAACAGCUGAUGAGGGUGCUGAUACACCUUUUUACUUGGCCACUUUACCUAUUGAAUCAAAGGAACCAAUUAAUCAAUUCGUUUACGAAAGGAAGGUGGUCAGGUGGUCUAAAUGA